AUGGUGUCUGCUGAAGUAAAGACUGCGUGUGCCGGCAACACACAAUCAAGCGUAGUCUUGUCACCCGAUCAUGUCCUAAUGACGCUCGAGCACUUUGCGCCAAACCUGGGCGGCUCAAAGUCUGUCCAGAGCAGCGUGGUAUUCUCAGGGUACGUCGUGGAGACGGGCUCUACCGUCAGCGCAGUUCGCGCCGGCGAACGGACGCUCGUCUUCGGCAAACCCUCCUCUUUCCAGCAGCAUCCAGAAGCUACACAGGACAUGAUCCUAGUUCCGUCCGAGAGAGUCCAUGCCAUUCCCAAGACCUUGUCAAAUCUAGCAGCCUGCUCAUACGCAGGUGCUUUGGUCACGGCGACAAUGAUACUCUCCGCCAAACUCCACAUGACAUUCUUGCCCUCGUCCAGGAGGCCCCUACAAGGCCGCGAUAUCCCACAACCGCAAGGAGCACGCAUUGCCAUAGUCGGCGGCGAGACGGACCUCGCCGCCGCGUUGAUCCAGCUUCUUCGGCGAACAAACCACGACAUCAGAAUCGUUGUUACCGCCACAAUGGGCUCGCAGAUAGACUUGUUUCAACGCGUAUGCCAUCUUGUUAGCCUUGGCGCUUCUUUUGGGAUCGAUGGCGCUCUUCCGGAUUUGUUGGAUCACGCUGAGGGACUCAAGGAUGAGGCCGGGAUAGAAGUAAUAAUCAACACCACAGAUAAGCCCAUUCGGGCAGAUCUUCUUGGAUGUUUAAAGGGGCCCAAGAAAACGGUUGAGUGCCAAGUUUUGGAUCGUGACCCAGCGCUGUUAGAUUCGUUGGUUGGUGAUGCUGCUUAUCGGGAAUCUUUCUAUGCUUUACUUGCUGAGAGCGCGGAGAUAUUCGCGAGAUAUAUUGAGCCGCCGGAUAGAUGUGUACCGGAAGAAGACAAGAAUGUGUUACGAUAG